CUAAACUAAAAUUUAAAACCCUCCGGUCAUAAAACAAUUAAAACCCUACACUGUAUAAAAAACCGAGUUAGAGUCACUGAACUCAUCUCGCCGGAAACCGCAUCGGAGUUCCUCGUCGACCGCCACAAAUAUCGACUAACUCCGUUCAGAUAAAGUUGGUGAUUGUGCAUUUGAAUUCGAAUGGGUUAUCUUCAAUUUGGAAGGCAUUGCGUUAGGCAGAUUAUUAGAAGUAAAGAUGCUGUUAACGAUAGUGUUGUGGUGAAUCCACUCUUGUAUGCAUCUCAAGGUCUUCGAUACAACAGGAAGCUCCAAGUCAUUCUUACAACUGAUAUAGAUAAGUUGGGAAAGGCUGGUGAAACUGUCAAAGUUGCACCUGGAUAUUUUCGCAACCACCUAAUGCCCAAGCUCCUUGCUGUUCCUAACAUUGAUAAGUUUGCUUAUCUCGUCACUGAGCAGCGCAAGAUUUAUCAACCUACUGAAGAAGUGAAACACGAGGAUGUUGUUCUUGUUAGCGAGUCGAAGGAAGAUCUGAUGAAAGAGUAUGAAAAGGCAGCACAGAUUCUUGAUAAAGCUAAGCUGGUCUUGCGGAGGUUAAUUGAUGUUCAAAAAGCAAAGUCGCGUGAAUCAAAAGAAGACCCCUUGGAGUUACGUAUACCAGUGUCAAAAAAAGCUCUUGUGGCCGAGGUGGCAAGACAACUCUGUGUGAACAUCACACCUGAAAAUCUGCAUCUUCCAUUACCUUUGUCGACCAUUGGAGAAUAUGAGGUGCCACUACGAUUACCAAGGUCCAUCCCUUUGCCAGAGGGCAAGCUUAAUUGGACUUUGAAAGUAAAAAUCCGAAGUAAAUAAGUUAGUUAUCUUGUUGAAUCCAAGUCCAAAUGGGUUCUGGUUUAUACUGAUAAAUUCAACUUGAGGAUUGUAGAAGUGCAACCUUUUUCUAGACACAUUCUUUGACCUUAGCUUAUAUCUCAUAUGGUGUUGUUAGCAUUCUUCUUCUAUCUUUCAGAUGAUUUUGGGUCAUGUAUUACCAUCCAAGCCGGUUUUAAACAUAAUAACCAUCUUCCUAUAUUUUUUCCAAUUGGAACUAUGGUGGACCAAUUUGUAGGGAGUAAUACACUUCUCAAUUCAAAUGCAUGUGUUAUUUUAAAGUA